UUAAGCCAGAAACGCCACGAGGCAAUCCUAUCAAUUUCAAACCCUCCAAGAUUGAAGAAAAUUCUGAAGGAGGAUUUAAUAUUGAAUUUACUUGGGAUGUGAGUAAAUUUGAUAAAGAUG